UGUCACGACUGUUGGUUUCUGUCCGUCUGUCCCACCGCACUCGACCUCCACAUCGUUUGUUGGGUCGUGUGAAAUGAAGCAUAGCUCGUAACGACAAAACUAACUAGCGACCUAAUCCUACACUUCCAUGGCAGUUAUUAUUUCCUCCUUUAGUUACCCCAUUACUCUUUAAAAAUUCCGCCUAAAAAGAAAAAGCGAUCUACCCCCACCUUUGGGCUUUCAGCACACGUGUAUAACAACUAUCCAGAGGGACUAGGGGCGGCUCUCUACCGAGAGCCGUUUGACUUCAACGCCGAGCCACCUUGGGAUCCUAGCUGAUAGUGGAGGAGUUCCAUCUCAGGACUCGUCCAUUUUGUUGCAUAAGUCUAGGACCCCAGGGGCUCGAGAGGGUGCGAGCAAGACCACUUCAGACUAGCCAUAUUCUUUAUGCCUGUCGGAUUAGCAGAGAACGGUUGAGAGGAUGAAAGGAAUCGCAGAUGAACCACAGUAUUCUAUCGGCCUGCUGGAGGGAGGCACGGCCCUUAGUGAUGUGAUUGACAAUCACAUUUAUGAACAAACCUUGGCUGAGAAGAGUGCGUUCUUUGUAGCAGACCUGGGAGUUAUAAUGAGGCAGCAUGUUCGCUGGCGAACCCACAUGGCCCAGAUUCGGGCCUAUUAUGCUGUCAGAUGCAACAGUAGCCCAGCUGUUAUCGAAGUUCUUGCUGCCCUUGGCACUGGAUUCAUAUGUACUAACAAGUCUGAGUUAGAGCUUGUGCAGAACCAUGGUAUUCCUUCUGAGGACAUCAUCUACAGUGGUGUUUGCAAACAGCUCUCCCAGAUUAAAUAUGCUGCUAAAAAUGGCAUUGACCUCCUGGUGUGUGACAACGAAGCAGAGCUACGGAAGAUUGCUCGCUGCCACCCCAGCGCCAAGCUGUUGAUCCAAGUGUCCACAGAGGCAUCCAGCCCAGAGGAGGAGAUGAGCAUGGCGUUUGGCUGCUCCCUCAAAGACUGCAGGCAUCUGCUGGAGAGUGCUAAGGAGCUGGGUGCGCAGGUGGUGGGGGUCAGGUUCCAUAUCUCCAGCUCCUGUGAGGAUGACCAGGCAUAUGUUCAUGCCAUCUCUGACGCACGAUGUGUCUUUGAUAUGGGAGAGGACAUUGGCUUCAACAUGAAAAUCCUUGACAUUGGAGGUGGCUUCAGCGGCUCUGAGUCCCAGCUGGAACAGAUUAAUAGUGCAAUCAUGUCUGUGGUGGACGCGUACUUCCCUCCUUCUGCUGGGGUCUCCAUCAUUGCUGAACCAGGCAGCUACUUUGUGUCCUCUGCUUUUACUCUUGCCGUCAACGUUAUCUCCAAGGAGGUGGUUGCACGAGAUCGCCAAGACCAGGCACACGAUGAACCGUCUCCCAACGAUGAGCCAGAGUUCCAGUAUUACAUGAACGAAGGUGUGUAUGGAUCAUUUGCCAGCAAACUGACUGAAACACUGAUUCCUGCACCAUCUGUGCACAAGCAGAACACAGCCCUGAAUGAUCCUGUGUUCAGCAGCAGUCUUUGGGGUCCAUCUGGGGACGACAUGGAUCAGGUGGUGGAGCACUGUCUGUUGCCUGAGAUCAACAUCGGAGACUGGCUCAUUUUUACCCACGCUGGGGCCUACAGUCUGGGUCAGCCAAUCUCCAUCUCCAGCGACACACCCACUCCACCUGUCUACUAUGUCAUCUCCUCUGGUGACUGGUUUGAGAUGCAGGACACCAGUGUCACCCAGGAGAUCUCCCUGAAGAACUUCUCUUUGGUCCCUUAUUUCUUCAAUUCCUGCCAAUCAGAGGCUGCCCUCUCAGUCCCAGCUUAGCUACAGUCAGCCCAGGAAGGCUUUUAUCUUCCCAUUCUGGUUUUUGCUGCCAAUCUCCUCUGGCCUACAUUCCACUGGGAUGAACUGUACAGACAGUGCAGAUAUUGCUUAAAUUUUCUGGGACCAGAUUGAUCUAGCAAACCCCAAUGUACAGUGCACUGUGUGGCUGGACAUGAAAAAGCUGAGUAGAUGUUAAAUUAUUAGUAUGCAAUAAAAUGGACCACUUCCAAAAUAAAGAUGGAAUCUUCCCUUCGCUUUGGGCAUCCCAUGGCAUUACGGUUUACACACGUACACUAGAUAUAUAAUUGAUUUUAACUGAUUAUAGUUGAAACAUGUAUUAUCUAUAUCUCCACUGCUGUUGUCAGUCUUGUAAAGUACAUGUCUAUCCCUGAGUGAAGCAGUGUAUUUAAACAGGAACAUUGUUUUGAGACAUUUUUGGAUGCUUUGCUACAAGAAUAUUUAUGUAUAUUUAUGAUUUUAUUUGGUUGUAUAGUUUUUGUUUUGUGAUAAAAGCUUAACUCUGGUUGCAUUUAUAAUCAGUUAGCCUACUCAGUAUUUUGCAAGGAGGGCUUGCAGCACACUGCUGCACAGAUGAAAGUACAUUUAUUCAUCCACUUUAUGCAGCAAAUGGAACCAAUGUGAUUAAUGGGCAGCAUCACCAUGAGAAGCCCUCCUGGGGGAAUUCAUGGCUGCACUGCUGUAUGGUCUGGUCUGGUCGGGAAACAGUGGAAAGCUCAUGGUUCAGUGUUCACCAGCUAACUGGUGUUUCAGUGGGUUCUCUCCAAAGUGCUGAGUGCUGCCUUAGCUAGCUCCCAGACUAGUGGCAGGUAAGGACUGGCAGGUAAUUGCUAUGCAUUUGUCAUAGCUCAACAGGCUUAUUAGACAGAAUGUGCUGGCGAUGGCACAAGGGAAGUGUUAAGGGAUAAGGAGGCAACCAUUGAGGAUGGGAUGCUGUUUGAACAGCAUCCCUUGUGCUAGAACUCUUACUUUUUGCCAUGUCAAUUGAUAUUUAUAUUGUACUUUGUUUAAAAACAAUUGAUUUUCCAACAUUUAUGAAUAUGUUGGAAGAAUGUUAUUUCAUGCCUGUACAUUUGGAAAGUGUGUACCAUAUCUGUGAAUUGUCUCCCAACCUUUGUCCAAGGCAUGAUGAGUAACAGGCAGUAGCCUGUUAACUUGUAGCUAUGCUUGUAAUAAACACCUCAUUGACUGGAUUGUGAAA